UUGGACUUGACCGGCGCGCCAAAAACCAUUUCAUAUCACAUGUUGCCUCCAUCGUGUAACAAUCACGCUCCCAACUUUGCUAAUUUCCGCUGUUUCGUUAUCGGUGAGUGCGAGUUGAGUGAUGCGGCGGGAGUCCUGGUGCUUCCUCCAGCGCAUCCCUUGAUGCAUGGUGACCGCGUCGAGGCCCAUGGAGGCGGCGUCCCGCCCCCGCGGCCCCCCGCGCCGCAAGUUCAGUUUUCCCGCCGCCUUGACCAUCACCGACCCACUCCCUCCCAACUCCAAACGCCGUUUCAGCAACGUUGGAGACGCCGUCACCCGCAAACUCUCAACCACCAUCGGCUGGCGGCGCCCCCCUGAAGAAGUCGUCGCCGUAGGCCGAGCUCUCUGCGUCCUCUAUAUCCGAAGCCGGCUAAAACGGGCCGGACUUUUCAACCGCAAAUUGGGGCUCACUCGUGUUCGAAGCACCGUGAGCGCCGUCCCUGGGGGCGGCAGCGCCACGGUUCGGGAGGUGUUCCCGGGCUUGGCGUGUGCCUGCGCCGAGUUGGAGCGGGCGCAUCCUAGACUUUACUUAAAUAUUGCGAGACAGACAGGAGUGGGUCCCGAAACGGGGGCUGGGGGGCUGCUGGCCGCUAUUGGACAUCAACUGUUGAGGUGUGAGCCUUCGUGGGGUAAAGUCGUGGCGGUUUAUAGUGUGGCAGGGGGGCUGGCGGUGGAUAGUGUGAGGUUGGGGCAUCCAGAGCAUGUGCAUGAUUUGAUCGAUGGGAUGACGGAGUUGUUGGAGGAUAGGAUGGCCAUGUGGGUGGCGGCUAAUGGGGGCUGGACUGGUUUGAGUAGUCACUGCCGACCGGAGGACCAAGACAUCUCUUUCGUCGAAUAUCUUGGAAUCUUGGCUUUAGUAUUAGCAAUCCUACUUACGGCCUACAUCAUAGUCAGAUUUUUCGUAAAAUUCAGUAUGUUGUAGCUUAUAAUAAGUGUUGCAUAUUUAUGAAUAUAAAAAUAAAUUAUGUUGAACAAUUA